UUCAGUGUGUCAUCAAGUCUGAAAACACAUGAGAGGAUUCACACUGGUGAGAAACCUUAUAAAUGUUCACACUGUGACAAGAGAUUCAGUCGUUCAGGAAAUCUGAAAACACAUGAGAGGAUUCACCCUGGAUAGAAAGCACAUCACCGCAAUGUCCUCUAUGCCCCGCCUCUUUCAAAGGCAUAAUUUUCUACAAAGUCCCUCCUUCCAACAAGCCCAGUCUGCUCCAUCCAACAAGCCCAGUCUGCUCCUUCCAACAAGCCCAGUCUGCUCCUUCCAACAAGCCCAGUCUGCUCCAUCCAACAAGCCCAGUCUGCUCCUUCCAACAAGCCCAGUCUGCUCCUUCCAACAAGCCCAGUCUGCUCCUUCCAACAAGCCCAGUCUGCUCCAUCCACCAAGCCCAGUCUGCUCCAUCCAACAAGCCCAGUCUGCUCCUUCCAACAAGCCCAGUCUGCUCCUUCCACCAAGCCCAGUCUGCUCCUUCCAACAAGCCCAGUCUGCUCCAUCCAACAAGCCCAGUCUGCUCCAUCCACCAAGCCCAGUCUGCUCCAUCCAACAAGCCCAGUCUGCUCCUUCCAACAAGCCCAGUCUGCUCCAUCCAACAAGCCCAGUCUGCUCCUUCCAACAAGCCCAGUCUGCUCCAUCCACCAAGCCCAGUCUGCUCCAUCCAACAAGCCCAGUCUGCUCCUUCCACCAAGCCCAGUCUGCUCCUUCCAACAAGCCCAGUCUGCUCCAUCCAACAAGCCCAGUCUGCUCCAUCCACCAAGCCCAGUCUGCUCCAUCCAACAAGCCCAGUCUGCUCCUUCCAACAAGCCCAGUCUGCUCCUUCCACCAAGCCCAGUCUGCUCCUUCCAACAAGCCCAGUCUGCUCCAUCCACCAAGCCCAGUCUGCUCCAUCCACCAAGCCCAGUCUGCUCCUUCCAACAAGCCCAGUCUGCUCCUUCCAACAAGCCCAGUCUGCUCCUUCCACCAAGCCCAGUCUGCUCCAUCCAACAAGCCCAGUCUGCUCCUUCCAACAAGCCCAGUCUGCUCCUUCCACCAAGCCCAGUCUGCUCCUUCCAACAAGCCCAGUCUGCUCCUUCCAACAAGCCCAGUCUGCUCCUUCCAACAAGCCCAGUCUGCUCCAUCCAACAAGCCCAGUCUGCUCCUUCCAACAAGCCCAGUCUGCUCCUUCCAACAAGCCCAGUCUGCUCCAUCCAACAAGCCCAGUCUGCUCCAUCCACCAAGCCCAGUCUGCUCCAUCCACCAAGCCCAGUCUGCUCCUUCCACCAAGCCCAGUCUGCUCCUUCCAACAAGCCCAGUCUGCUCCUUCCACCAAGCCCAGUCUGCUCCUUCCAACAAGCCCAGUCUGCUCCAUCCACCAAGCCCAGUCUGCUCCUUCCAACAAGCCCAGUCUGCUCCUUCCACCAAGCCCAGUCUGCUCCUUCCAACAAGCCCAGUCUGCUCUGCAACUGAGCCAGUGCAUUGUGAUUGGCCGAACACCGCAAGCACACCAGCCCUUUCCAAAAUCUCAAGCUUCCUCUUUCAAAAUUAAUGUAAAGACAGUUAAUAAGGUCUUUAGUUUUAUGAUCAGUUCAAGCCCGAAAGAGGACCAGAGAGGCGUGACAGACACCGUGUUGAAGCUCAUAUGUGUUUGCAGUACACAAGCCAUGGAAGGAUAAGACAGCUGACUCCACUGUUUGACUCUAUCUCUCUCUCUCUCACACACACAGUGCGACACAGUUGAACAGUCAAUAGCAAAUACUUAAACUAAUGAAAAAACAUACUUACAGUAGCUGAUUCAAAAGCACCAGAUUGUUGUAGGUAGGGGUAUCGCGAUAUAUUGGUAUGGGCAAUAACCGUGAUAUUCAAAGGAACAAUUAUUGAUAUGUGUUAAUUUAGUGUGUGACGAUAUACUGGUAAUAGCGAUAAUCACAAUAUUUAAAAAGAACAGUUCUCUGAUGAUAACACCACACCACAUGUAAAUACUCCAGCUUCACUACCUGUUUGAGCUCCCAGGUGGCAGUAUUGUGCCUUAACGCUGACGACGCAGGGCUUGCAGCCACUCUGAGGAGAGUGGUGUUCAUCAGAGUAAGUUGCCAUUAUUUUACUAGUCAUAGACCAGGAAACGUUAUAUUAACCUGUUAACAGCAGGUUCAUAUAUUAAAGUAAAGGGUGAUUAUUUUAAAAUGUACUGCAUUUUCUUUCCACGUCUUAUUUUUGUAUUUACAAUCAAUACGGCCUGUGUGUAGUCACACUUGAAUUCUUUGUUUAAAUGUAUUAACAGUUACACGAUUAAAACUAAUCUAGAAAAACUGAGAGACCACAUUGCUACAUAAUAAUAUUCAUAAUAGUUGACGCCUACUUGCAUUUGCCCUUUACAAACAAAAAGUGUCUUAGAAAAUGUAAAUCAAUCUAUUGUUCAUUG